AGUCAGUAAUUUAAGUAACCCCUAGAUGAUCUGUACCUAUAUAAUUCCCAGUAAUUUAUCUGGCGAUAUUUUAACGAACAACAUGUUUCUGUCAGCUCUCCCACCAGACAACCACAAUGAUGAAGAUGCUGCUCGGCUGCUCUUUCUGCCUGCUCCUCCUGCUCAGCUGUCUGAGUGAACUUGGGGAGAGCCGAACCCUGAGCUUGGCCAGCUGCUCCGUCAAUGUUCACAUGCACGAACUGCGGAAAUACUACACUGACAUACGAUCAGAGGCGAUGGAAAGAGACAGUGCAAUCGGAGUGAAACUUCUGGACAAAUCAUUGAUAACGCAUGUUCAGGAUGGUCAGACGUGCUGUUUCCUGCGUCUUGUGCUACGUUUCUACGUUGAGAGAGUGUUCAGCAACUAUGCCUCUUCUCAGCCACAGCAUCAACGCUGCUCCAGCGCUCUGGCCAACGCUUUUGUGAGCAUCAGAAAAGAUAUACAUAAAUGUCACUGCCAAUGUGAAGAGGACACACAGCAUAAGAUCGACUCCCUGCAUGCUGAGUUUAACAAGCUAGACAUAAACCAGGCUGCACAGAAGGCCGUGGGAGAACUGGACACUGUGCUGGGGUGGCUGGAGGGACUCAGCCAUGAUCAGACAGAAACUCAGCAAAAUCCCAAAGUGCCUGCUGUUGAUGAGUCCUCAAGCUCGUCAAAGAUGUUAACUCCUGACCUGACAUUACUUGUACGCAGAGCGGCAACCUCCGCUUCUGAAGAGUGA